AUGCACGCACAUGCAAACCCACUCAGAUGCCACAAAGGUCUUGUGCCACUCUUUUCUCUGAAGCACACCAUCGCUCUCACGUCGUCACUAUCUACUCAAUCGGCUGAUGUCAGUUCAACUGAAGGAGUUAUUAAUGGAGAUGACAUGGAAGUUUUGAUGGACCAGAUGCUGCGAGGAACAGUUCCCGAGUGCCUCUCAUGGCUUCAGGCGCUGCACAACAUUAUCAGAUACGAACACAUAACACACCCGUACGAGUGCAUAUCGUGUCACGUUAUGAAUUUUACUGGCUUCAUGUACGGAUGCACCAACUGCGCAGGUCGAUUGUGUCAGUGGUGCGUUUGGAAGGGCGUUCAUGACGGCACUCAUGAUGUCAGGGAGUUCAUCGGAGUGCCUAUCAGUAGCCAUAAUGCACCAAGCAGUUCGAGUAUUCUGUUAGACGCCCCACAGUUAUUUUCACGAGAUUUUCACCCACUUUCCAACCAGAUGCAUCAUGCUUUGCACAACCCCAGUGAUCUAUCUUCUAAUGUGUUUGUUUUUUAA